AUGGGUGUUUCAAGAUCUCAGUUCACAUCUGAUGGGUUCUGCGACUGGAAGCAUGCUAAUAGGCUUGUUGUCCAUGAGCAAUCAAAGGACCACAUUCAAGCAGUUUUGUCAGCAGCAAGUCGCGCAAAGGGAGCUGGAGGUAUAGAUUCUAAACUAACUACGCAUGUGCGUCAAAUUGAGCAGUAUUGGUGUAGUCUUCUAAAGCGAUUGAUCAGCGUGCUUAAAUUUAUAUGUGAAAGAGGGCUAGCUCUUCGUGGAGAUGAUGAAAUAAUUGGAUCUCCUCAUAAUAGAAAUUACUUGGGAUUACUAGAGCUUUUGGCCGAGUAUGAUGAUUUCCUCAGGCAACACAUCCAGAAUCAUGCUAAUCGUGGCACUGGUCAUACAAACUAUUUGUCUUCAACCAUCUGUGAAGAAAUUGUCAGACUAAUGGGCAAUGAAGUACUGAACGAAAUUAUCUCACGUAUAAAGCUCUCAAAAUAUUACUCAAUUUCUCUAGAUUCCACCCCUGAUGAAGGCCAUAUUGAUGAACUAACUCUGAUAAUCAGAUACAUGGAGCAUGACACACCUGUUGAGAGAUUUGUGAAAUUCUUGCCAAAUCAAGGACACAAGGCUCAAGAAAUGUUUGAAGGUUUGAUGAAGUUUCUUGCAGACAAUGACAUUGACAUUCAAAAUUGUCGUUGGCAAUCUUAUGAUAAUGCAACAUCUAUGAGAGGGAGGUACAAUGGUCUGCAAGCCAAAGUUGUAGCUGAAAAUCAUCAUGCAAUUUGGAUACCCUGUGCUGGUCAUUCAUUAAACUUGGUUGGAAAAGCUGCAGCUGAAUGUUGUCAAGAAGCUAUCUCAUGUUUUUAUUUUCUUGAGGCAAUUUAUGUUUUCUUCACAGCUUCUACACAUCGUUAUGCAAUUCUUAGUGAUUUAUUGAAAACUGUAGCGUCUGGCCCGGUAUCUGUGCCAAAGAGGAUUUCCACAACAAGAUGGUCCUGUCGAGCAGUUGCAGUGAAAGCAGUUGUCCAAGGUUAUCUCCCAAUAAGUGUAGCACUUGCUAAAAUAGCAAGAGAUGAAAAUGAGACGAGCAAAACAUGUUAUGAAGCCAAUGGUCUCCAUGAUAAGAUGUGCAAGUUAGAGACUGCUAUUUAUGCUGUGUUUUGGCAUGGCAUUCUUGGCAGAGUUGAUGCAACAAGCCAUGCAUUGCAAGAUCCUAAACUCGAUUUGAACACAGCGGUAGCAAUACUGAAGUCCUUGGAAUGGUUUAUACGAGAAAAAAGAGAUUGCUUCCAUGUUUAUGAGAAGAAGGGAAGGGAAAUGUCAGAAACUGGGGAUUAUUCACAGACACGCAAGCGUCAACUAAAUGUACGACUCAAUCCAUUGGAUUAUGGACGACCAGAAGAAGCAGCCCUCUCACAGUCAGAAAAAUUUCGGGUUCAAAAUUUCCUUCCAGCAAUUGAUCAGUUCCUGAGUUCACUGGAUCAACGGUUAAAGGCCUAUGAGGAAACCUGUUCACUUUUCGGGUUCUUGUCUAAACUGGAGUCAAUGAAUUGUAACGAAAUUGAAGCAGCUGCAGCAAAAUUGGUUGCUCAGUACAAAAAUGAUUUGGAUCAAACACUUGGAGUUGAACUUGUGCAGUUUACAGCAUUCUUCACUCUAUUUCUUGAAGACGAAGAUGAUGAGAAAGGGAGGGCACAUUACCUUUACAAGCUGUUGAUAGACAAGAAAGUUGUAGAUACAUUUCCAAAUGUUGAAAUAAUACUACUGCUGUACUUGGUGCUCAUGGUCACAAAUUGUUCUGGAGAACGUCUUCAGUAA